AUGGCAGCAACCCAUCCGCAUAUCGCGGCACGAGGGUACGGGUCAAACGCCACAUACAUAUAUGAGUACUCAAGGGGGCUGGGUGGCGUGGACGUCCCUCGCGAUGUGAUCUUUACCCGGAUCAUCUACGGUUCCCUGUGUGUCGUGGCAUUCGCACUGUUCUGUGGCCGAGUCGCCCAGAUCAGCCACGCAUAUCUCCGCCAAAUCACCGCAACUAGCGCAAGCAAACACCAGCAGACCUUCUGGGCCCAGGAACAAUCAACAUGGUGGUCAAACAUCAAGAAAUACAUCCUAUACGCCCCAUUAGGAAGCAAGAGACACAAUCGAGAGUUACAGCUUUCUUCCGCUGUCAAUGUCGGCACUUUACCCUCCCGGCUGCAGACUAUCUUGGUCGCACUCUACUUCGCCAGCCAAGUCGCAUACUGCUUCAUCCUGGACUAUAGCGUCAACCACAAGGCGGCCUUGGUCGCCGAACUGCGCGGCCGAUCCGGGACGCUGGCCGUCCUCAACAUGAUCCCGCUCUUCCUCCUCGCCGGCCGAAACAACCCCUUGAUCCCACUCCUCCACAUCAGCUUUGACACAUAUAACCUCCUCCACCGCUGGCUGGGCCGCAUCGUUGUCAUUGAAUCAGUCGCACACACAGCCGCAUGGGCCGUCAACGCCGUUGACGAGGAAGACUUCACCCGUAUGCUCGCUCGCGUACGUGAAACCCCCUUCUUCCUCUGGGGCCUCAUCGGCACAGUCGCAAUGGUCUUCCUCUGCCUGCACUCCCCCUCACCCAUCCGCCACGCCUUCUAUGAGACCUUCCUACACCUGCACCAACUCGCCGCAGUGUUCGCCUUCCUAGGCGUGUACCUGCACCUGCAGAUAGACAACCUCCCGCAGCAAAGCUGGGCGAAAGCGAUAGCCGGAAUCUGGAUAGGCGACCGACUCGCGCGCCUCUUCCGCCUCAUCCACCUCAACAUCUCAACCUCCGGCACAACAAAAAUGGUCGUGCAAGCCCUCCCAGGCGAAGCCUGCCGCGUGACCUUCCACCUCCCAAAAGUCGUGAACAUCGACCCAGGCUGCCACGUCUUCGCCUACAUCCCCAGGAUCUCCUGGUGGAUGUCGCACCCAUUCUCAAUCGCAUGGGCCGAACCAAGCACAAGCAGCACAUCGACAUUCUCCCCCUCCCCAACACAAGACAAGCGAUACAAUGACGUUGAGAAGCAAUCCGACCUCCCCACCAAGCCCUCCAAACCCAGCACGCAAGUCUCCCUCAUAGUCGGCGCCCAAAAGGGCAUGACCCGCCGCCUCUACAACCUCGCCAACGCAGCCCCCUCCAAAACCCUCACUCUCGCCGGCUUCAUCGAAGGCCCCUACGGCUCAAACCCAGCAAACUUCUCCAGCUACGGCACAGCAGUGCUCUUCAGCGCCGGCGCCGGAAUAACCCACCACCUGCUGCAGACCCGCGCGCUCGUCACUGCCGCCGCGCAGAACACCGCCGCAACCCGCAAAGUCUACCUGAUCUGGUCGGUUCGAUCGACAGACCACCUCACCUGGGUGAGCAACUACAUGGACCAGAUCCUGCGCCUGCCGAACCGCCGCGAUAUUCUCGUUGUGAAGCUUUUCGUCUCGAAGCCGCGACGCGCCGCUGAUAUCGUCAGUCCGUCCGCUACGGUGCUUAUGCAUUCUGGGAGGUGUAGGCCGGAUGUGGUUCUUGAUGAGAUUUUGCCCGGGCGGACCGGCGCCACGAUUGUUAGUGUUUGUGGACCGGGCGCUUUUGCGGAUGAGGUUCGCUCGGCGGCGAGGGAGAGGAUUGGGAAGGGGGCUGUGGUUGAUUUUGCGGAGGAGGCUUUUACGUGGUGA